AUGUCAAUCGUGCCUUACAACUCUAACAAAGAUAUAUUGUAUCACGAUGCUAAUCAAGGCAUUGUGGUUCUUCAUGAUAGUUCCGAAAAUAGUAUUCAAUUGCUACCUGUACUGAAAUUCAAGGAAUCAAACAACAGCAAGAGACGACCAUCUCAAACAUUCCCAGCGAAUCCAUUCCAUCCAUUUAAGGAUAAUGGAAACUCAACUAAAUGCCCUAAUUGUGGAUUUUCUUGGUCUGAGUAUCGAAACGAAGGUCCCAGGCGAAAUUCAAAUGGACCAACAAAUCUGUUUCCCAUUUCUUUCCCUAAAGAAGCUUUUGAAUUUAGCGGGAAUUCAACAAAUGGAUUUAUGCGUAGAGAUUAUUUCAAAUUAUUAGGGAAACUACCUUCUAUAACGGAAUCGAAGCCUAGACCGUCUACUGGUCUGAGAAGCACAUUGCCAGAGGAGCUUUUCAAUCAAGGUUACUUCAAACGAUUUUUCAGAAAAGUAGAGCCCUAUAUCUUGGGAUCUGGGGCCCAUGCACAAGUAUAUAAAGUGAAUCACGUAUUAAAUGACAUUCAAUUGGGAACGUAUGCAAUAAAGAGAAUUAAUAUUGGAAAUAAGUUUGAAUUAUUGGAACAAGUUUUAAAUGAAGUAUUGAUCUUGUAUGAAUUGUCAGUAAAGGGGGCAAAUGAAAACAAUUUGAUUCGAUAUAAUCAUGUGUGGUUGGAGUUGGGUGAACUUGAAGAUCUGUCUGCAUAUAUCUUACCUGACCCAGGUCAAGUUGAAAGUAUUAAGAACAGUUCGAAGAUUCCCUAUGUGUUUAUUUUGCAACAAUAUUGUGCUGGUGGUCAUUUGGAGGAUUUAAUGAAUAGAAAUUUCAAGCGAGAAGAGCAUUUAUCAUUAAAAGACAAAAUCGAUUUGGAAAGAAAGAAAAGAAGAAUGAAACGACAUAAUGGCAUUCCUGAAGUAGAAGAACCUAAGAAGAAAUGGUUGGACAAUUUCGAAAUUUGGAAGUUUUUUCAUGAUGUGGCUAAAGGAGUUCACUAUUUACAUGUUCAUGGCAUCUUGCAUCGUGAUUUGAAACCGUCGAAUUGUUUGCUUGACACAGAAUACAUUCCUGGAGAAAUAUUGGAGCGGUCAUUUUCCAGUUUAAGAGAUUUUGAAGAUCAAGCUGAGCAACUACCGAAAGUAUUAGUGUCUGAUUUCGGGGAAGGUAAAUUUAUUGAUAAACAUCACAACGUACUAGUGGAGGAUAAAUUUGAUGAAAGACGAGGAAAUACUGGAACUCUUGAAUUCACUGCCCCUGAACUUUGGUUAUAUUCAAAUGAUCCAACCUUAGGAGAAGAUCGUAAGACUUUUAUUAAUGAUUUUUCCUAUGAAAGUGAUAUCUAUUCUUUAGGGUUGAUUUUGUGUUAUCUAUGUGUUGGUUCAUUACCAUUCUCUUCUAUUAUACAAGAAGAGACUGACCCUCAAGAAAUUAGAGAUAAAAUCAUGAAUUGGUAUUAUGAAUUAUCUUCCGAUGUUUUCAGUUCAUGGUUCACGAAUAAUGUAUUACAAAUAAGGGAUUCGAUAGAUGAGGGUAUACUAGAGUUUGAGAAACUAAUUUAUAUGAUGAUUAAAGGUGAUGGAAUAGGAAAUAGUUCUACAUCAAGAAUCAUAUCAAAAGAUGUACUUGUAUUGCUAGAAGAAAUAAAGCAACAAUUAUUCCUUAAGGACGUUAUUGAAGAACCAUUCCAACAUCCUGAACAUAGAAAUAGUGCCAGCAGUGGAUUGCUUCUUGAGCAUUCUGACCUGAAUUCUAGUGCUGCUGCAGCUGCUGUUGUUGUGGAGACGUCUUCGGAGGAAGAUGUUGAGGAUCCCGUGUAUGAGAAGCAAAGUGAGGCAGAGCACUUUAAUUUAUUAGAAAUGCUGAGCAAUGACAAAAAUAUUGCUUCUCAAGUUCCACCAAAAUCAGCCACUACCGUGAAGAUAGAAACCAAUCAGGCUAUAGUAGUCUCCUUCUACUGUCUAGACUGGGUUGCUUUGGAGUAUUUGUCAUAUUAUACGCCCAAUUACAUGAUAUCAGCUUGCAAGUUUUCUAUUUUUUGUGCAAUUGGUUCAGUUUUGUAUUACUCCAAACAUAAAACAGUGAACUUAUGGGUAUUUUCAAUAUUGACUACAAUUUUUGCAAUUCUCUUCGGGUAUAUGUUUCCGGAAAUUGCCGAAUCACGUGAUAAUCUUUUUUGA